CAGCGGUCCCUUUCCUCCUCCAGAUGUUUGUGUUCAUUUCCUGGUCAGCUGAUUCAGACGGAGGAAAAGACAAGCGGAGCGCUAGCAUCCAUAAUGAUAAUCUUGUCUCAUCGCCUUGCACAGCAUUUUGAAAUGAAAGUGACUAAACUGUAAAGCCACCUUGAACCCCGAAAGCCCUGGACUCAUACCCGAGUGUCUGUGUGCUUGUGUUCGCCAGCAUCGAGCAUCGGAUCUGGUGGGAAUAGCAGAGCGAGCCCUGUCCCCUGCUUCUCUUCACCUCUGUUUACUGGAAAGUUCCUCUCUCCUCCCCUGGCUACUGAAAGGCCUUUUUCCAAUCCCAGUGCCAGAAAAGGACGCUGCUGAGAAAGCCACAGUGUCAGACUGAACUGGAUUCAAUGAGGGAGCCAGAUCGGGAGGAGCAACCUGAAGACAACAUGCCCCCCAAGUUUAAACGACACCUCAAUGAUGACGAGGUCACGGGAUCCAUUCGCAGCGAGAGGAGGAACCUACUGGAAGAUGACUCUGAUGAGGAGGAAGAUUUCUUUCUGAGAGGACCCACGGGACCCAGAUUUGGACCUCAGACUGACAAAUUCAAGCAGGUGCAGUCGCAGGUUGAUGAGGUGAUCGAUGUGAUGCAGGAGAACAUCUCCAAGGUGAUAGAGAGAGGCGAGCGGCUCGACGACCUGCAGGACAAGUCCGAGAGCCUAUCGGACAACGCGUCUGCCUUCAGUAGCCGAGCCAAACAGCUGCACAGGAGGAUGUGGUGGAGAGACAUGAAGAUGAAGAUGAUUAUUGCCUUGGUAGUCGUUGCCCUCCUGCUCAUUAUCAUCAUUCCAGUGAUCCUGCGAUAUCGCUAGUGUCUGGAUAGAGGGAUAGGGGAGCGGC